CGCGAACUUUGUUGUAAACGCGACUUUCGAAGCCGUCGUGACGUCGCCGUCGCCGUCGUAAAAACUCUUUUCGCAAUGGACCAUCAGAAGUGCGCACCAGCGGCUGGAUUAGUCUAAGAUAACCAUUUCUUGGACGCCAGCCUUAAUAUUCGAUGAUGCAGUCGAAUCCGAUGUUGAGAUCACUCAGUAGCGAUUCUUCGCAGAAACGGGAUUGGAAGCAGAGACUCAGUUUGAGGGAUAAUCGAAGAAGGGAUCCGGAAAGUGGUACAUUAAAACGGGGCUGCGGUCGUCGUUGGACCAGUCUGAAACAACACCCUCGAUCAUGUACCGAACCUCUCACAGAAACCGGAAACAGCAGCGGCCUUUCAACCCCCUCGACCGCCAACACGAGUCCUCUUCCUGCGGCCGCGGGCGAGGGCACCAAGAAGAGUAAUUGGCAGGUGAUUGAGCACUUUAGUUCAAAGGAUAAAGGAAGUCUUUCAUCAAGUCUGAUAGCGGUUGGUAGUGUGUCUCGGACGCCUCCGGCUAAAGAAAAUGGUUCUGCCCCGAAUUCAAGCCCGGAAUUAGAAAAUCAUGAAGUCGAAGCAGAAUUACUGGUGUCUUCGACUCCCAAGCAAUCUGCCGGUUUUUUCGAUAAAUUUCUAACACUCAUUAAGAAAUUAUUUAGUACUCAUCAGUUUCAAAAUGAACAGGUUGAAAUGUUAUACCAGCGAUAUUUCCUAAAAAUGAAUCAAAGCAAUAUGACGAAUUUGAUAUCUCUUCUACUCUUGUUAUGCGUCGGCUUUCUUCUUUUUGCCGCCACAGAUAUCAUAAUGGUACAUCACUCAGAAGCAAAUCCACCUCAAGAACACUCAUUUCAAUUAGACAAAUCACUUGUACUCAUUUGCACGUCAGGCUGUUGUAUUGCAAUUUAUGGAGUUCUUUUGGCGGUUCUCUCAAAGCCUGCGAUGAACGAGGUGUACUUGAUCAUUAUUUCCUACUUUAUUCUAGUCACAUUUCUUACGUUAGAGAUAUGUAUUUCGUUUUUUUCCGAGACCGAACGGCCGUUAUUAGGGCCCACUUUUUCGCUAGCUACCACAUACUUAACCUACGCUUUGAUGCCAAUUCGUCUCAAAGACGCCCUUUUAGCUGGCACCGUUUUGGCUCUGACCCAAGUUAUUUUACUUGUUUAUGUGGGACAUUUGUACGCCAUCACAGAUAUCAGCAGCUGCUUUGUGAUUCUGCUCUGCGGAAACGUCGCCGGUGUUUGUACCCAUUAUCCUCGAGAAGUGGCGCAACGUAAAGCUUUUUUAGAAACGAGACAAUGUAUAGAAGCUCGACUAAAAAUCCAACGGGAAAACCAGCAACAGGAACGUCUCCUUCUGUCAGUAUUACCGAGGCAUGUCGCCAUGGAAAUGAAGGCGGAUAUUGCCGGACAACCGAAAGAGGCCCAAUUUCAUAAAAUAUACAUUCAAAGGCAUGAGAAUGUCAGCAUUCUCUUCGCUGACAUUUGCGGUUUCACGACCCUCUCCGACCAAUGCACCGCCGAAGAACUGGUCCGAAUCCUCAACGAGCUGUUCGCGAGAUUUGACCGUUUGGCUGCUGAACAUCACUGUUUGAGGAUUAAACUACUGGGAGACUGCUACUAUUGCGUUUCCGGUUUACCGGAAGCCAGGCCGGAUCACGCCCAUUGCACGGUCGAAAUGGGGUUGGAUAUGAUUGACGCCAUAGCUUUGGUGCGUGAAGUGAUGUCAGUCAACGUGAAUAUGCGGGUUGGAAUCCAUACUGGACGCGUCCAUUGCGGGGUUUUAGGACUUCGCAAAUGGCAAUUUGACGUGUGGUCGAACGACGUCACUUUAGCCAAUCACAUGGAAAGCGGCGGCAUUCCAGGACGCGUCCAUAUUACCGAAGAAACACUGAAAUGUUUGGGCAACGAUUACGUCGUGGAGCCAGGCAACGGAGGUGACCGCAAUUCUUAUCUCAAAGAUCACAACAUUGACACGUACUUAAUUGUAGCGCCGUCGUAUAGAGGGGGCUCGACGCCCUACCAGAAUCAUUCCAUGAAUGGGAACAUCUCCAAGGAGAUGAGGGUUAUGGGGCAUGGAUCACAACAUGGAAAGCAUUCGUCCAAACUGGGUUUCAGCGAGCCUCCUGAAAGGGAGAAAAACCCUGAAGAUGAAGUGAACGAGUAUUUGAUGAGAGCUAUUGAUGCUCGCAGCAUAGACAGAUUAAGGACUGAACAUUGCCGGACGUUGCUUCUCCAUUUUCGUGAUCCAGUCAAGGAGGCUAAAUACAUUUUGGAGAAGGACAGGAUGCUCACUUUGUAUUUUUUCUGCUCCACAUUCUGUUUUACUGCGAUUUUUUUAGUACAAAUCGUCGUGAUGAGAAGGAACGACACGGCAUAUUUGUGCUCAAUUCCAAUUAUCUUUCUUUUGAUCUUAAUUCCUGUAAUAGUAUACAUGGAAAAUGUCAAUUUAGAGAACAUCCACUUGAAAAUUUUCGCAGUGUCAAAAUACAUCCACAAAAAUAGAAACAUUGCUCAAAUAUUUUCAUUCAUAAUGGCUGUUUGUAUAUAUGGCUUAGUUAUGUUGCAUACGCUAUCACUUCCUGAAGAAAUUCAAUGUUUGAAUUCAACCAUUGUCGAUAGUAAUUGUACGAACUUUACUGUUUAUUCGUUGAAUAACGAAAACAAAGACUGCAAACCUUACUUUUUGAUAGAUUAUCUCUUACUUCUUGUUUUUAUCUCGAUGAUUGCGUGCGCCGUUUAUCAAGUCCUUAUUUCACUUUUCAAGACAAUCAUUCUGUUGGGUGGAAUGGCCGGAUUUAUUGCAGCUUAUUUAACAUACACCAAAGAGGUGCACGCUAUGCACAAGUUUUUUUGCAUACCUAAACAAAGUGAAACGACUUUGACACAACAAUAUGUUAACAUUGUGAUAUUGGUAGGCUUCGUAAUAGCGCUAAUAUUACACGGCCAACAAACAGAAGCCACUUAUAGAUUGGAUUUCGUUUGGAAAUUACAAGCUACAGAGGAAAAAGAAGACAUGGAACACUUAGAAGCGUACAACCGUAAAUUACUCGCUAAUAUCUUGCCAGUUCAUGUCGCUGAGCAUUUCCUCAACAGCGAUAAAAAUAACGACGAACUCUACCACGAACAAUGCGAUUUUGUCUGCAUCAUGUUUGCUUCAAUCCCCAAUUUCUCCGAAUUUUAUGUCGAACUCGAAGGCAACAACGAAGGAGUCGAAUGUCUGCGACUUUUAAACGAGAUUAUCGCUGACUUCGAUGAGCUGCUCUCCGAAGACCAAUUCAAGUACAUCGAGAAGAUUAAAUCAACGGGAGCCACCUACAUGGCGGCCUCUGGAUUGACCCAAAACACCUGCGACAUGCAGGGCUACCGACACGUGACCGCCAUGGCCGACUACGCUCUCCGAAUCCAAGAGCAACUAGCGGAAGUGAACGAGCAUUCUUUCAAUCAUUUCCGGAUCCGGAUUGGGAUUAAUGUGGGGCCUGUGGUGGCUGGUGUGAUUGGGGCGCGGAAGCCCCAAUACGACAUAUGGGGCAAUGCCGUUAACGUGGCGAGUCGUAUGGACAGCACCGGCGUUCUUGAUAAGAUUCAAGUGACGAAGGAAGUGUACCAGAUUUUGAGCUCCCGAGGAUACCCAUUGGCGUGCAGAGGCACGAUCCAGGUCAAGGGGAAGGGGACGAUGGAGACGUAUUUUCUCGAAGGGCGGUGUAAGAAACCGACAGAGACGAAUAUUACUGUGAAUCCUUUAGCUAAUAUUAACUCAGAUAGUAGUAAAACUUUCUUACCUCAUCAAACAACUGUGUUAGAUACUAUUUCUGAGAAGAUGUAAUAAGUCGAUUAUUUAUUUAUGACGCCAAGAACGACGCUUUUACUCACCGAUGUUGAUAUUGUACAAAAUGACAAUAAUUUAUUAAGAAGAAGAAAAAAGGCGAGGUUUGUGAGUAAAAACGAAGUGGCGAGUCGAUAAGAAUACUCUGUAAAUACUGGUAGUUUUCAACUUAUUUUUAUGUAUAUAAUUUUUUUAAUAAAACACAAAAUAUGUCCUA